AUGCGCUCUUCCUUCGCCACCCUCCUCGCCUUCGCCGCCUCGGCAUUCGCCCUCCAGGUCACCUCCCCCACCAACAGCACCGGGUGGUCUACCAGCGGCAACAACACCGUCUCCUGGGUCUCUGUCUCCACCGACCCGGCUAACUUCACCAUCGUUUUGGUCAAUGAGAACGAGUACCCGACCUAUUCCCAGGUUCUAGAUGCCCUUGUCGUCUCCAGCCUCGGCUCCGUCAGUGUAGGUGCCCCGAGCGGCGGUUGGGUUGCAGGCGCGGGCUACCAGGUGAACCUUGUUCAAGAUGCCACCCGCCUCGAUGCCGUCCUCGCCCAGUCUGGAGACUUUACUCUCCAGCAGUCGACUUCGAGUUCGAGCUCCGGCUCCAGCAGCAGUAGCAGUGGUUCCACUCUAUCUGUGCCAACUUCCUCGGGAACAAACUCUGGGCAAUCGACUGGCAGUGGCAGCAGCGGUACUCUGAACCCCACCUCUUCCGAUUCUUCUACCAACCCCACCACGACAAGCGGCGCUGCCCCUGCUAUGGGCAUGCAGGCGGUGCUGUUCGCGGCACUGGCUCUACUCGGCGUCACGCUUGCUUAA